AUGCGUGUGGAACAACAAGCUCCCCCGGGCAUCUUCGGCGUACCCUUGCGGCAGAGUAUCGCGUACGCAAACGUCGCCAUCUCCCUCGUCGACGAGAACGGGAAAAGCUAUAUUUACGGCUAUGUCCCCAUUGUCGUUGCCAAGUGCGGUGUUUUCUUGAAAGAGAAGGCAACCGAAGUGGAGGGCAUUUUCCGUCUGAGUGGCUCAGAGAAGCGGAUCAAGGAGCUCAAACUCGCUUUCGACUCGCCCGACCGGUACGGUAAGGGGUUGUCCUGGACCGGCUACACAGUACAUGAUGCUGCCAACGUCUUGCGUCGGUACUUGAACGACCUCCCCGAGCCUGUUGUCCCCCUCGCUCUCUACGAGCGUUUCCGGGACCCAUUGCGCCAUGCCAUCAAACAAGGCCCCAGCGACGCCGACGGGCCGCAGUUCAUGGAGAACUUUGACCUGGCUGGUGCCAUUCACAACUACCAAGACCUGAUUACCGAGCUACCUCCACUUAACCGCCAGCUCCUGCUCUACAUCCUCGACCUACUUGCCGUUUUCGCCGCUAAGGCAGACAUCAACCGCAUGAACUCUCAGAACCUGGCCGCCAUCUUCCAGCCGGGUAUUCUGUCGCACCCCUCGCAUGCUAUGGCACCCGAAGAGUACCGUCUCAACCAGACCGUAUUGAUAUUCUUAAUCGAAAACCAAGACCACUUCUUGAUUGGCAUGCGCGGCACCGCCGCCGACGAGCAGACCGUCCAGGAGGUCUCCCGAGGCACACCACCUGUGACACCCGGUGUGCAGAUGGAGGGUGCCGGUGCUGUUGGUGUGUCCCGCACUGCUUCUAACGCAAGCGCUGGCGCCGAGAGCGUGGCCCGGGACGGUAAGAUUCGUCGCAACCGGUCGACCUCGUCUCGUAACUCGCGGCACUCACGACACUCGAGCGCCCAUGUCGCUGUCAGCGGUAACCAUGUUGGUGAUGGCAGCGGUGGCCUCGGUGGCGAUGGUAACAACCACGUCGGCCAUGCAUCAAGUCCCCGCAGCAGCAGUCCUGCGAAUGCGACAACACCCACGACCGCCGGAAGCGGCAGCACUGGCGGGCUCUCUCGCAGCAACACAUUGCCAGCAAGAUCGCCGGGCAUUGGCCCCGGCCGGUUUGCGAAGCGAACGGACGCGUCCGGCGGCCCAGUGUCCCCUUUGACGCCCAUAUACCCCCACCAGACGGCACAGGCCGCGCCCGCUUUCGAUCCCGUCGCUGAGGUUGCCACACCCCCCGAAGACUCCAAUACACCUGACCCGUUCACAACGGUCAUGAUCGAAGGCGCCACACAUGUGGCCCCACCCAGGGACGUGCCGGGUCUGGGUGUCUCGCCCGCCACACCCAUUUCGCCCGUUGCCGAAGCGGGAACCAGCACACCUUCCAAAGAGCGCCGGUUCCAGCUGUUCCAGCGCUCCAGCACCAGCGAGAGUGGUGCGGGUGAACUGCGGCCACAGCCGAACAAGCUCAAGAAGAAGAGGCUGCCCAGCAGCGCCAACCCGAGCGCACAGAGUUCAACAGCCUCAUUGCCGUCGUCGGCUGCCUACGCGUCACCCAACUACGAGCCAGUUGUAAACCCGCUGGAAGGGCAUGCGAACCAGUUGGCCACAGCCACUGCUGGUGGCCACGGGUACGACGGGUCUAUGGAACACCGUCGGGAAGCCCCUGCACCAACGGGCUCGGACGGUGCCAACGACUCAACACCGCGUGUAUCUCAAGUCCCGUCGGCUGCGACCACAGCGACAACGACGCCUACACCGGCCACUGCCCCGGCCGUUGCUAGCACCGCUGCACCAGCUUCGUCCGAGUCCAAGCUCCGCCCAUCGAGAAACUCGCCGUCCGAGUCUCUCCACAGCUCCUUUAACGAAGGAUCUGAUAUUGACCAGGUCGAUGAGUCCGCCGCCGCCACUGCCGCCGCCGCGCAGCUAAACGAGACGCACACGGAACCUACCGAGAAGUCGAAAAAGCGUCUCUGGCGACUGUCUAGACGGCGUGAAGACACGCAGCCGCCAGCGCCAGUAGCACCAGCUGCGGGUGUACCACAAGCAGCGCCGGGAGCGCCGGGCGCGCCGCCACCGUCCACGAGCAACGUAAGUUCUGUCUCCACAGCAGCGGGGCAAAACUCGAGCCUCGGAUCCAACAUGCACGCCGGCAUCAGCACCAGCUCCGUCGGCAGUGGCGGCCCGUCUCUGGCGGGAGUCGCCUCGCUGACCCCAACGGGCGCCAGCGGGUCGUCGGACCCUUCUCUGGCGUAUAUGGAAGGCCAAGAGCCGGGCAAGGGUGGCGACGAGCACAGCAAGGGCAAGAUUUCCGGUUGGCUGAAGAGCAAGUACCGCGAGGCCAAGGAAACGGCAGAGCAGCGCCGGAACAAAUCCCCGUCGCCGACCGACCCGUCUGCGGCGUCCUUGUCCACGUUUUCGGGCGCCAUCCGCGGCAAAAGCCUGGAUCUUGGCCGCGUUGCCGAGGAGAACGAGAAGCCACAAUAG